GAGACUCGAGAGACACCAGAGUCCAACAAACAGCUUCAGAAACGGGACGAGACAAGACAGGACAGGACGCCCCCUGCAGGGCAGUGACAGACUGAUGGACACGGAGGUGCAGGGACACACGGCUCUCGGUGUUGGGGACGUAGUCGAGAAAACACACGGUGUCCCAAGUGGGAUUUAAUCCAUAGCUACAGGAGACACAGUGGUACAGUAAAGACUCGCCACCUGGACCUGAAGACUUUUGAUCAGCUCGUCGAGAAAGGUCCAGUCUGGAGCACCGCCGUGAGGCUCCGAUAAAGGAGUGAAGAUGGACAGGCCUGGAGGAGGAGGAGGAGGAGGAGACAGUGAAGGGAUGGAGAACGAGAGAAACAAGAAAAGCAAAGAGCAGCAUAACAAGGCUGAGAAGGGUGAGAAGGGUGAGAAGGAACACGAAGGAGGGAAGAAGGAGAAGAGUAAGAGAGAGAGUCGGCGGUCAGGGGGCUGGGCGCUGAGCGAGCGUCUGGCCAUCAACGUCUCAGGGAUGAGGUACGAGACUCAGCUGCGCACGUUGGCACAGUUUCCCGACUCGUUGCUCGGCGACCCGCAGCGUCGACUGCGCUAUUUCGACCCGCUCCGCAACGAGCUCUUCCUGGACCGCAACCGCUUCUGUUUUGACGCCAUCCUGUACUUCUACCAGUCCGGAGGACGCCUGCGCCGACCGGCCAACGUGCCUCUGGACAUCUUUAUGGACGAGCUGCGCUUUUAUGAGCUCGGAGAAGAGGUCAUGACCCGCUUCAAGGAAGAUGAGGGCUUCCCCAAAGAGGAGCCCAGGCCGCUGCCGCUGAACGAGAUCCAGAGAAAGCUGUGGAUGCUGUUCGAGCACCCAGAAUCGUCAGGAGGCGCUCGCAUCAUCGCCAUCAUCAGCGUCAUGGUCAUCGUGGUGUCCAUCGUCAUCUUCUGUCUCGAGACGCUGCCUGACUUCAGGCUUGAGAAAGAAAUGAGAGAGCAAAUGUCGUUCCACGCACACCACCCAGGAAUGAACAGCACAGAGGGGAUGGGUCACUUCUCUCCGUUCCAGGAUCCCUUUUUCAUCAUGGAGACGAUGUGCAUCUGCUGGUUCUCCUUUGAGCUUCUGAUGCGCUUCGCCUGCUCGCCGAGCAAAACGCACUUCUUCAAGGACAUGAUGAACAUCAUCGACUUCUUUGCCAUCAUCCCGUAUUUUGUCACGCUGGGCACGGAGCUAGCUCGGUCUAAAGGUGGCACGCCCGCCAUGUCCCUGGCCAUCAUCCGUGUCAUCCGUCUGGUGCGUGUCUUCCGGAUCUUCAAGCUGUCGCGCCACUCUAAAGGCCUGCAGAUCCUGGGCCAGACGCUGAAGGCCAGCCUGAGGGAGCUGGCACUGCUCAUCUUCUUCCUCUUCAUUGGCGUGGUGAUCUUCUCCAGUGCCGUCUACUUCGCCGAGGUCGAUGAACCCAAAACAUACUUUACCAGCAUCCCUGAGGCUUUCUGGUGGGCCGUCGUAUCCAUGACGACGGUCGGCUACGGUGACAUGUACCCCACGACGGUGGGGGGCAAGUUGGUGGGUUCCAUGUGCGCCAUUGCCGGCGUCCUGACCAUCUCGCUUCCUGUUCCAGUCAUCGUGUCCAACUUCAGCUACUUCUACCACCGUGAGAUGGAGUGUGAGGACAGUCAGGAGUACACACACGUCAGCACGUCAGUGUGGGAGAAAGAGAAGGAGGACAGCGAGGAUGAGGAUGGGGACGGAGAUGAGGAGCCUGACUACACGCCCCUGGAAGGAGGUGUGAGCUGCAGAGGGAUUUGUGCUCCACUGAACGGGACUCUACUCGCCGGACUGUGUGCUGGGGAACAGAGAACGGGCAACGUGUACCGAGGAGAACCGCUUGUCACCCAGGUGUGACCGAACAGACAGAGAGAGAGAGAGAGAGAGAGAGAGAGAGAGAGAGAGAGAGAGAGAGAGAGAGAGAGAGAGAGAGUGCAGACUUUCCAUCCAGUUGUUGAAAUUCUAAUUCUAACCACAUCCUUCACUCUAAAGCAACAAAGUUCCAACCUCUGUAUCAGUGAGAUGUUUCUCACUUCUAUACAAAUUAGGUUUGACACAAAAAUCACAAAAUCUGAUGUCUUAAACUUAUUAUCCCCGUUUCCUGUUUGACACAAAACAAGUCUUAGAACUGUGUUUUUUUUUUUUUACCUUAACCUGUAUUUAAACUUGUAUACAAAUAAACAAGAAGAACAAAACACUUGAAAGUGUGACACGUAGCUAGUUAGCAUGCUAACGUAAGCCAAAAAAGAAGCUAGCACGGAGCUGAGCCGAGUCGACUUGACUCGACAUCGGUACCGCUUUAAUCAGACAUUUCUUGUAGCCUGUAUAUUUUGUCUAAAUGCUGAGCAGGCCACGCCCACAAGCUAUAAACCAUCGGUGACAUAAAUGGGUCGAUUCUGAACGUUCACCGAAGAAUAGUUAGACAUGAGCAUCCAUGAGCCUGUAUAACACAAGAUCCUGGCUCACUCGAAACUAGACAAAUUGAAUUAAUUAGCAUCCAUUUCUUAUCACCCUGACUGCUGAUACAGGAAUCUUCUUCUGUAUGGACUGUAAAAGUCUUGGCACCCCCCCUCCCCCUCCGGAGGACUGGCGGAGCCUAAGACACAUAAAGGUCUCUGAUUUGAGCGAUUUGUCACAUGGCUGAGAUUUGAAUUUUCUCACAGAGAUGUGAAAAAUGAUGAACACGGCAUUAACACGUGGACGAGGUGUUUAAUAAUAAACACUGAUCCAGAGAUCCACAGCUCUAAGCUUCCGUCACUUAUCAUUUACAAAAUUAUUCAGAAUAUCGAGUCCUAAACAAAUGAUGUUAUUAUUCGAUUUAAUUCGUCACGGUAACGGCUGAACUCCCUUUAAUGACGUCACCUGUAUCGAACAGUAUUCAAUGGAAUCUUAACAAUUCUUAGUUUUUCUGCUAAACAUACGUUUGUGAAACAUGUGGAUAGAAACCGAGAGAGAGAGAGAGAGAGAGAGAGAGAGAGAGAGAGAGAGAGAGAGAGAGAGAGAGAGAGAGAGACUCCAUGAUCCAGCUGAAAUCUGGAUGGAAUGAAAAGAGAGAAGAUGAAAUAUGUCUACAGAGAGACGAACUGAACCGAAACAGGAACGAGACAAGGUCACAUGACUCAUCAGCACAAAACCUCUUUAAAGGAAGUUUGGCUGAAAACGAAACACACCGGUUAAAGAAAUAAAUAAAUACACACACGUAUCUCUAUCAGACUAAAUCAGACUACUUUCCAUCACAUCACAGCCCUGUUGAAUUCUCGUUUCUUGUCGGUCAGAAGGAUGUAGAGUCGAUCAUUUUCCCCAUAACGGCUUUAUAUUAUUUAUAUUAACACGCUCGUUCUGCUACGCUAUCGUUUCUAUAGUAACGCAAAAAUACUACAAGGAGACGUUCAGUUAACAUGUAUGGAAGGAGUCUCCAGUGUCAGAGCUUUGUAAAGCUGCACUUUUUAGUACUUUAGUACAGACGAGUGACUAGGAAAAAGAUUUAAAAAAAAAUGCAUCUGGUUCUUUAAUGAAGAAAAGGAUUGUAAUUGUUGGAACAUUGCUGUGAUGUGAGAGGAAAAAAACCUGUGCGAAAGACUUCGAGCUUUACCGAUCGACUACAUUUAUUUAUUUAUUUAUUUUCUUCAAACCUUUCCUUUAAACUCCGGCCUUCCUGUUACACACACACACACACACACACACACACACACACACACACACACACACACACACACACACACACACACACACACACAA